CUCAUGACAUGAGACGCCCCGAUUGUCGACGCUCGUCACCUCUGUCGUCCCCCGCUCUCUCUUUGUGCAAGGGCGGAAGAGAAGCCCUAUAAAGUAUCAGCAGAGGAGGAAUAAGGAAGCGCUAGAAUUGUGUGGGUAUAACCGUAUAGGUGAAAUAAAAACCUCUGGAGGAAGAGGGAGGAGGAUAGUAGUAAGAUGGACGACGAUCAGGAGAUGGAGCGGUUCGGGAUGGAGAACGACUACGAGGGUGGCCAGUGGAUCGGCGGCGAGUUCCUCUACCGCAAUCGUAAGGAGAAGCGCCUUCAGACCAGGGAGGACGUCCUCUAUGGCGUCUUCGCCGCCUCCGACUCUGAUUCCGAAGCCGAGGGCUCCUUCCGCCGCGGCCGUCGCGGAGGCAUCUCGAAAAAGUCCGACAUUUCGAAGCCUGUCAAUUUCGUUUCCACCGGCUCCAUGCCUUCCGAAGAGGUGGACCGCCCUGAAGAGUCUUCGAAAACUGAAGCUCCAGGGGUCGGGUUAGGGUUUGGGUUGAACCAGGGGACAGGGUUGGGUUUCCAAUCGGAGGCUGCUCUGUCGAAGAAGGAGAAGAAUAGGGGUGGGUCUGAGGAGGAUGAUGAGGACACUUUUCUGCCUACCGCCUUUGGGAGGAUCAUCAAGGAAGGGGCACGUAGGAGGGAGAAGGAGAGGGAGAGCGCGGAGAUGGCAGCGGCGAAAAGCGAGAAGAAGACCAGGGGAGGGAGAGAGGCGGAAUUCGGCGGCAGUGUUGGGGAGUUCGAGAGGCACACGAAGGGGAUCGGUUUGAAAUUGUUGGAGAAGAUGGGAUACAAGAAAGGUGAAGGUUUGGGGAAGAAUGCCCAGGGGAUCGUCGCCCCCAUCGAAGCGAAAUUGCGGCCCAAGAAUAUGGGCAUGGGAUUCAACGAUUUCAAGGAGGCAAAUGCAGGCUUGCCACCGCUCCCGGCAUUGGAAGAGAGAGACUCGAAGGCUAGCGCAACUGUCUCAGAGUCACGGCCAAGGGAAAGGCUGUGGUCCAGGCACAACAGAGGAAGAAAGAAGGAAUAUGUGACGCCUGAGGAAUUGUUAGCGAAGAAGCAGGAUACGGGGCCAGAGGUGGUUCAGAAAGUAUUGGAUAUGAGGGGUGCACAAGUGAGGGUAUUGAAGAACUUGGAAAAUCUGAAUGAGGAGGACAUGGCGGUUGAGGAGCGGGUGCCGAUGCCGGAAUUGCAGCACAAUGUGAGGCUGAUUGUUGAUUUGGCAGAGGCAGAUAUAUAUAAGAUUGACCGGGAGUUAAGGCAGGAGAAGGAGACGAUGGCGGUGCUUGUCAAGGAGAAGGAAAGGCUCAGAGAGACAGAGGGCAGGCAGAAACAGCAAUUGGGCAUCAUGGUGGAGAUAUUGGGCACCAUUCGGAAGGUUAGGGAGGAGAAUCUGACUGGUUCUUUGACGUUGAAAUCGCUGGCAAGUACGUUCGGAGAUUUGAAGAAGAGAUACAAAGACGAUUAUAAGUUGUGCAACUUGUCGUGCAUUGCUUGUUCAUUUGCCGUCCCUUUACUGAUCAAGGUUUUCCAAGGAUGGGAUCCUCUGUUGAAUCCCAGCAAGGGUCUGGACUUAAUGCCAGUAUGGAAGACUCUAUUACAUGGGGAGGAGCCCAUUGAUUAUGGAACGUAUGAUAAUUCGGAGGCCAAUAUGAAUUCACCGUAUACGGAGCUUGUAAUGGAGGUUAUCUUUCCAGCGGUAAGAAUUUCUGCCACAAACUCGUGGGAGCCAAGAGACCCGGAGCCACUGUUAGGAUUUCUGGAAUCCUGGCAUGAGUUGAUCCCUCAGCCUGUUCUUCACAAUAUAUUAGACACUAUAGUAAUGCCUAAGUUGGCGACUGCAGUUGAUUCAUGGGAUCCACGUAGAGAAACGGUUCCAAUUCAUGUUUGGUUGCAUCCAUGGCUUCCUUGGCUAGGUCAGAAGAUGGAGCCCCUCUAUCACCCGAUUCGGUAUAAGUUGGGAAAUGUUCUUCAUGCGUGGCAUGCAAGUGAUGCUUCUGCUUUUGCCAUGUUAUCUCCUUGGAGAACGGUUUUUGAUCCUAAUAAUUGGGAACAACUAGUCGUUCGUUACAUAGUCCCAAAGUUGAUCAGUGCAUUGCAGGAAUUCCAGAUUAAUCCAGCUAAUCAGAAACUUGAUCAGUUUUACUGGGUGAUGACGUGGACAUCUUCAAUUCCUAUUCAUCAUAUGGUGGCCAUACUGGAGACUGGGUUUUUCUCCAAAUGGCUUCAAGUUUUAUAUCAUUGGUUGUGCUCAAAUCCAAACUUUGAGGAAGUAAUGCAAUGGUAUUUGGGUUGGAAAGGGCUGUUCCCGCAGGAGUUGCUUGCCAAUGAACGUAUAAGGUAUCAACUAAAUGUCGGUCUCAACAUGAUGACUCAAGCGGCCGAAGGAGCAGUCGUGGUCCAACCAGGCGCUAGGGAGAAUGUUAGCUAUCUUAGAAUAACCGAGCAAAGGCAGUUUGAGGCUCAACAGCAAGCAGCUUAUGCUCAGCAGCAGUCAGUCGGUACUGCAAAUGGUGUCCCUGAGUCAAACCUGAAGGAAUUUCUUGAGACUUAUGCACGAGAUAAUGAUAUCAAGUUUUUGCCUAAAGUGGGAAGAAUGCAUGACGGUCUUCAGAUAUAUGGUUUUGGUAGCAUUAGCGUAUGUGUGGAUUCUGUAAACCGAGUGAUAUUUGCUCAAAGUGGAGAAAGAUGGUCUGCUGUAUCAAUGGAUGAGUUGCUAGGGAUGCAUAGGGCUCGAGGGAUGAGAGGUCGGGGAUAAGCCAAUUUGUCAAGACGAACCAAAAAAUGGGAAGGGGGCCUCAAGGACAGCAGAUAGGUGGACGGGAGUCUCGUGAUUUCGGCCGACACCGACCACUACUCCAGUCGAGCUUGGGUCGGUUGGAAGUGCAACACCCCGGGGAUGUGACCUGAGCAAUUUCUCAGUGAAUGGUCGCUGGUGGUAACAACGUCGUGCAGAUGGACAACAGUGGCGGAGGUCUGCAGAACAAGGGAAGGGCACCUCAAGAACAGUUGAUAGGCGAACGUGAAUCUUGUGAUUCUGGCCGACACCGACCACCACUCUGGUCAAGCUCGGGUCGGUUGGAAAUGCAACACCCUGGGGAUGUGACCUGAGCAAUUUCUUGGCAAAUGGUCACCAGUGGUAACAACGCCGUGUAGAUGAACGGCGGCAGAGGUCUGCAGAAUAGGAGAAGGGCAUCAUGGGGACAGCAGAACGGCCACUGGGGUUUGGUUGAUUCCGGACGACUUAGACCUCGGUUCCAAUCGAGCUUGGGUCCAUUGGAUUUAACGACAACACACCGGAGAUACUGGCUAAGCAGUAUCACAGCAAAUGGUCGCCGAUGGCGACAACAUCAUGUCGAAGAACAGCUACUGGAACCUUUCUUCUUCACGCGUGCAGGGAAAGGACACGAUGGAGGUUCUUUUUUGUUCUUCUUUUUUGUUGUUGGGUGGUGUAGGGAAGAUGAAAGGUAAACAGCCAAUAAUCUUCAAGAACUUGCAUGAAACAGCCAAUAGCCAAUAGCAAGAAUUUUUUUUUUAGAAGCAAAAAAGAAUUGGCAGGAAGCUUUCAUUUUUAUUUUAAAGCAGGUCUUAUACAACUUGACCUAAGCGCAACUCCAAUUGGACAUAAAAGGAAAUUUCAAUUUCAUGUCCGACCUAUAGAUAGUUGAAAAA